CCUCAGGAGGAGCACAUGGUGACAGUGAUGCCCCUAGAGAUGGAGAAGACUGUCAGCAAACUCAUGUUUGACUUCCAGAGGAAUUCCACGUCAGACGACGACUCGGGCUGCGCCUUGGAGGAGUACGCCUGGAUCCCACCGGGACUGAAGCCCGAACAGGUUCAUCAGUACUACAGCUGUCUCCCAGAAGAGAAGGUUCCAUACGUCAACAGCCCCGGAGAAAAGCUUCGAAUCAAGCAGCUACUACACCAGCUGCCGCCGCAUGACAAUGAGGUUCGAUAUUGCAACUCGCUGGAUGAGGAAGAGAAGAGGGAGCUGAAGCUCUUCAGCAACCAGAGGAAACGCGAAAACUUGGGCCGCGGGAAUGUCAGGCCCUUCCCCGUCACGAUGACAGGGGCCAUCUGUGAACAGUGCGGAGGCCAGAUUAAUGGCGGGGACAUCGCCGUGUUUGCGUCGCGCGCCGGCCACGGUGUCUGCUGGCACCCACCGUGUUUCAUCUGCACCGUCUGCAACGAGCUGCUGGUGGAUCUGAUCUACUUUUACCAAGACGGGAAGAUCUACUGUGGCCGGCACCAUGCUGAGUGCCUGAAGCCACGCUGCGCAGCCUGCGACGAGAUCAUCUUUGCAGACGAAUGCACAGAAGCUGAGGGGCGGCACUGGCACAUGAAACACUUCUGCUGCUUCGAGUGCGAGACGGUGCUUGGUGGCCAGCGCUACAUCAUGAAGGAGGGAAGGCCCUACUGUUGCCACUGCUUCGAGUCCUUGUAUGCGGAAUAUUGCGACACCUGUGCCCAGCACAUAGGGAUCGACCAAGGUCAGAUGACCUAUGACGGCCAACACUGGCAUGCCACUGAGACCUGUUUCUGCUGUGCUCACUGUAAGAAAUCCCUCCUGGGGCGGCCCUUCCUCCCAAAGCAGGGCCAGAUAUUCUGCUCACGGGCCUGCAGUGCCGGGGAGGACCCCAAUGGCUCUGACUCAUCCGAUUCGGCCUUCCAGAAUGCCAGGGCUAAGGAGUCCCGGCGCAGUGCCAAAAUUGGCAAGAACAAGGGCAAGACGGAGGAGCCCAUGCUAAACCAGCACAGCCAGCUGCAGGUGAGUUCCAACCGGCUGUCGGCCGACGUGGACCCCCUGUCACUACAGAUGGACAUGCUCAGCCUGUCCAGCCAGACGCCCAGCCUCAACCGGGACCCCAUUUGGCGGAGCCGGGACGAGCCCUACCAUUACGGGAACAAGAUGGAGCAGAACCAGUCCCAGAGUCCCCUGCAGCUUCUCAGCCAGUGCAACAUCAGAACUUCCUACAGUCCGGGAGGGCAGGGGGCCGGGGCCCAGCCCGACAUGUGGGCCAAGCACUUCAGCAACCCCAAAAGGAGCUCAUCACUGGCCAUGAAGGGGCAUGGUGGCAGCUUCAUGAAGGAAUGCCGAGAGGACUAUUACCCGGGAAGGCUGAGAUCCCAGGAGAGCUACAGCGAUAUGUCGAGUCAGAGCUUUAGUGAGACCCGAGGCAACAUCCCAGUAGCCAAAUACGAGGAGGAGGAGGAGGAGGAAGGGGGCAUAGCCACUCAGCAGUGUCGGACCCGCCAUCCCAUCAGUUCCCUGAAGUACACCGAGAACAUGACACCCACAGAGCAGACCCCUCCAGGCUCCAUGGAGUCACUGGCCCUGUCUAAUGCAACAGGCCUGUCCGCAGAUGGUGGGGCCAAGCGCCAGGAGCACCUCUCCCGGUUUUCCAUGCCUGACCUCAGCAAAGACUCUGGAAUGAAUGUCUCCGAGAAGCUGAGCAACAUGGGCACACUUAACUCGUCCAUGCAGUUCCGGAGCGCAGAGUCGGUUCGCAGCCUGCUCUCUGCCCAGCAGUACCAGGAGAUGGAGGGAAAUCUCCACCAGCUCGGCAACCCCAUUGGGUACAGAGACCUGCAGUCCCAUGGCAGGCUGCAUCAGAGCUUUGAUUUUGAUGGGGGGAUGGCCAGCAGCAAGCUGCCAGGGCAGGAGGGCAUGAGGAUCCAGCCCAUGAGCGAACGCACUCGGAGGAGAAGUACCUCCCGCGACGACGGUCGCCGCUUCCGACCUCACCGCUCCAGGCGUUCCCGGCGCUCUCGCUCGGACAACGCCCUGCACCUGGCCAGCGAACGCGAGGCCAUCUCUCGGUUAAAAGAAAGGCCCCCCCUCCGAGCCAGGGAGGACUACGACCAGUUCAUGCGCCAGCGGAGCUUCCAGGAGAGCCUGGGCCAAGGGUCCCGAAGGGACCUGUACGGCCAGUGCCCGAGAACGGUGUCAGACCUGGCUCUGCAGAAUGCCUUCGGGGAGCGCUGGGGACCCUACUUCGCCGAGUACGAUUGGUGUUCUACCUGCUCCUCCUCUUCGGAGUCCGACAACGAGGGCUAUUUCCUAGGAGAACCCAUCCCCCAGCCCGCCCGCCUGCGAUACGUCACGAGCGAUGAGCUGUUGCACAAAUACAGCUCCUAUGGGCUCCCCAAGUCUUCCACGUUAGGGGGCAGGGGACAGUUGCACAGCAGGAAAAGACAAAAGAGCAAAAACUGCAUCAUUUCCUAA